AAUCUACGUGUUACGAUCGACUUCGUAACUAAAUAUCCCUUCAUCGUGAUAACAAAAUAUCAUACGUAUUAGAGAAAAUUGAUAAUGAAUUCUUAAAGUGAAGAAUAAUAAAGGCUCUAAGUGAGAAAUCGUGUUAAGAAAAUUGAUUUAAAAUAAAUGUCAGUGAAGUACGAAUAAAUCGAUAAAUGAAAAAUGAUGUAUUGAAGAAAACGGAUUAUAAGAAGUUUAAAAGGAAUAAUGUCAAAUAACGAAUAGAGAUGCCGGAACACGUGGAAUUACAACAUUUAGUCGACGGCGAUAUAGAACGUCACAAUAAGUCGACAAUAUUUCGAAAAAAAUUUUAUCCCAAAUGUAAAACUUGUCCGUACUUGGGAUUGGUUUUGGCGACAGUAUCGUCAUUGUUUUUUUCCCUUUGCAGUGUUAUUGUAAAGGGUUUAGUAGAUAUAAAUCCCAUGGAACUAGCUGCCUUUAGAUUUGUUGGCGUUUUACUACCGACAAUUCCAAUUUUAAUUUACAAAGGUGAACAUCCAUUUCCACGAGGGAGAAGAUUUAUGCUGAUUUUACGAAGUUUUGUUGGAACCACGGGUCUUAUGCUCAGCUUUUAUGCCUUCCGGCACAUGCCCUUGGCUGACGCUUCGGUUGUCGUCUUUUCAGUACCUGUCUUCGUGGCCAUAUUUGCAAGAAUAUUUUUAAAGGAACCUUGCGGUUUAUUUAAUGUUAUUACUGUUUGUUUGACGCUAAUUGGUGUGAUUCUAAUUACGAGGCCGCCAUUAAUUUUCGGCCAUACUGUUGAAUCUCUCUCCGACUCGCAAAUUGAAACAGACAUUCCCGAUGUUUGGGGAGCGAUUGCAGCUUUUUCAGCAACAAUAUUUGGCGCUAACGCUUACGUUCUACUUCGUGCUUUAAAGGGCCUUCAUUUUUCAGUGAUUAUGACAAAUUUCGGUUCGUUUGCACUAAUACAAACUGUCAUGUAUUCCUGGUUAAUUGGCGCACUCUGUUUACCCCGUUGUGGAACAGAUAGACUCCUCGUUGUUGCGCUGGCAUUUUUUAGUUUCGGCGGACAAAUUCUUCUCACAUUAGCCCUUCAAAUGGAACAGGCUGGACCUGUUGCAAUUGCUAGGUCAGCGGACAUUGUUUUUGCCUUUUUAUGGCAAGUGUUAUUCUUCAACGAAAUACCAAAUAAGUAUUCAAUCGGAGGCGCUAUUCUAGUCACGAGCUCAGUACUUUUAACGGGCCUGAGAAAAUGGGCCAUAUCCCUACCCGAAAAUUCCACAUUAAAAAAAUCACUCGGAAUAUUAGCAAUGUAGAAAUGAGAAAAAUUUCGCUUCUGAGCUCAAAUCUCUAAAUAAUAAAAAUAAUGAGGCUCUCCAUUUUUUUUUUUGGAAAAUAUAUUUAUUACUAUGUUUAGCGGUCAGUGCAAUACGACUGAAGCAAAUGUUUUGCAUUUGAUAUUUUUUUUAUCCAUAGACUGUGUGAAGAGAAUAUUAUAAAACUCUUAAAAUCUCCUAUAUACUAAAUCUACGAGUUUUAGAGCAAACCUUCGAACUAAGUGUAUUAGUUUGAAAUUGAAGAUUUGUUCUGAACUUUUUCGACGAAUUAAUGUAAUCCUUAUGAUACUAAAAAUCUUAAGAAUCUUUUUAUUGGCGUAGUCUAAAAUAAAAUGUAGAAUUUUGGGGCAACGUAAAAAUUUAAACAGUUUGGCUUGUUAUUAGAUCUACUAAAUACAACUUUGUAAUUGUCGAAAAGUCAGGUAAUAAUUAGGAGUCUUAUUUUUAUAUUUACUACUAUCACAAAGAUAUUAAUUUUUGUUCUUUAAAUAUUACUCUUCUCCUUUUAAGAAUUUUAUGACUUUUUACGAUUUUUAAUAGAAUUAUAGUAGAAAAAGCAAUUUGAUAAUUUUUGUAGGGUGAAUACAGAUAAUUUCUGAUUGUAUUACUUCUGGCUUUUACUCUACAUAAUUUAUAUACAAGUAUAUUAUGCACCAUAAAAGUAAAACUCUUUCAAAAAUAUUUCCUUUCAAGGAACACUUAAUUGCAGGAAUAAUUUGUGCAAAACGUGAUGUACUUUAUAUAAAAUGAGUAUUAUUUUCUAGGUUUUAAAAGUUUUUAUUCCUAGUCCAGAAUAAUGUUUUCUCUCUAUUCAAUCUCUUCCACAAAAAGAAACCCUUUAGCCAUGUAGGGGAUAAUGAUGCUUGUAUUGUUGAUAAAUCUAUAAGCAAAAUUUAUCUGAUAAAUGUAAAUUAUACAAGCGCUUCCAGCAGAUUUUCUUGUUGUGAAAAGCUUUUCAGGUCUGUAUCAAUCUCUGAUAAAUAAUCUUCUAGACGUCACAAGAAUUCAAAAAGCAUUUCUGAAAACUGACUUGAAAUUGGACUGAUUGAUCUCACUGUUUGUGCUUCCUUUUCUGUUAUCGAUUUAUCCACUUCCAUGUUGAUUUUCGCCCCAAGCUAAUCGCUUGAUGAUUAUCAAGUACACGCUAGCUUCAACAAAACAUGUACAGUAAACCAUGAAAAUAAUACUCACGUUAUAUAAAAAAUGUAUUAUUUCUCAAUAAUCAAUAUCGAACUAUUUGGAGAUUUUUCUUAAUUUAAUCAAUAGAAAAAUAUUCGUAAGAUUGAAUUAACAAAAUAAUUUAUUUAGAGAUUUGUUUUUCUAGUAUUCAAUUUUUCAAAAGGUUUUAAAUAAAAAUUUUAAACAAUU